CCGGGAGGCUCUUCCCGGCGGCCGGACCCACCGACUUCCCUUCCAGCCGAGGCGCCUCCUUCCGCUCGGCGCCGCGCGGCUCCGCUCGGGACGUGUCCGCGCCUCCGCGACCACCGGAGCCACUUUGGGGCGAUGCUGGGGCCGCCGGUCUGGGCGCUGGCGGCCGGCGUCCUGCUGGCGCUGUCGCCGGGCCGGGCGGGGGGCGCCCCGAGGGCGGGCCGGCGGCCGGCGCGGGCGCGGGGCUGCGCGGACCGGCCCGAGGAGCUCCUGGAGCAGCUGUACGGGCGGCUGGCGGCCGGCGUGCUCGGCGCCUUCCACCACACGCUGCAGCUGGGCCCGCGCGAGCAGGCGCGCAACGCCAGCUGCCCGGCCGGGGGCAGGCCCGCCGACCGCCGCUUCCGGCCGCCCACCAACCUGCGCAGCGUGUCGCCCUGGGCCUACAGGAUCUCCUACGACCCCGGCCGCUUCCCGCGCUACCUGCCCGAGGCCUACUGCCUGUGCCGGGGCUGCCUGACCGGGCCGCGCGGCGAGGAGGAUGCCCGGCUGCGCAGCGCGCCGGUGCUGGUGCCCGCCGUGGUCCUGCGCCGGGGCCCGGCCUGCGCGGGCGGCCGCGCCGUCUACACCGAGGAGUACGUCACGGUCCCCGUGGGCUGCACCUGCGUGCCCGGCCACGACGCGGACGCGGACGGCGCCCACGCCCGCGGGGCCCCGCCGGCCCGGCCCUGAGGAAGCGGGCGCGCCGCGCAUCCCGGCCCGGCUGCUGGAGGCGCCGCGGGGACCGCGCCUCGCACGACAGAGGACAGAUGCUCAGCCACCGUCUGUUUGAAAAAAGCGGACUAUCUUCUUGUUGAUUCCGCUGUUUUCCGUAGGGGCAGAGACUGUUUUUAUGUGAGCCAUUUUGAGCAAGUAUAUUAAAAAAAUGUUACUGGACAUGUAACCUCAUAUAAACAUUCAGUUCGCGCUGCCUCGGCAGGAGUUUUUAGAAGCGCGGGGGAGCCCUCACUCUCCAGGCCGCCGGUGGCCCACGGUCACCAGUGGACACGGCCGGACGCGGCCUGCCCUCCCCCUUGGGUGGCUCCGCUCCCCCCAGAAUCUCACGCUCGCUUUGUUCACAAGGAUGUGAACUGCCGCAGGUGUAUACAAUUAAAAGUUUUUUUCACUUUUGAAAGUUGGGGCGGGGGGGGGGGGGGGGGGCAGCAGUUUGAGGGUAAAAGGUAACGAGAUCUUUGCCAAUUCCCAGGAAAAAACCCAAACCUUGGCUUAGUUUUAAGGGCUUUAGGAACUAGCCAAAUAGGAGAAAGUGGACAGACAAAAUUUCCAGGUAUCAGGAGUGGAGGCUCUUCUGCAACUGCAGCUAAAGCCUUACUCUUUUCUUUAUGCUUAAUGAAGUCUGUGCCUGAACACAAUUAUUUGUAAAAGUGAGACGUUCUUAACCCAAACAGCUGUGGGUGAAGGGCAUGUGGGCUGUGUUUCUCUCUGGACUCUGCUUUAAUGGGCUUGACUGACUUUCAGAGGAAGCAAUACUGAGGGCUUUGCUUUAUCUUAAUUCUGCGGUUGAAGUUUAGGGAGAUCAACUGCAGAGCCAGCCUCUCUGCAGCGUUGUUUACAUGGUAUGCUCUCACCCCCACUUACAGUCAGCCUUGGUCUGAUCCGGACGUGAGGUUCAGGGAGAGAACUUUCAGUUUGUACUAAAUGUUGACAGAGGUUGUGCAUGAAAAACACUGCUGAACAGAAUUCAUAUUUUCCAAAUAAAAAAUUCAAAAUUGAAAUUGAUAGCUGUGGGUAGUUCUCUACAGUUUGGGGAAUUUUACUUGUCCGCUCAACCUUGGGGGAAAAAAGGCAAGCCUAGCGCUGGUGUAGCUAGAAUACAUUCUUGUCCAGAAAACAGGAGGUUCGGGUCAAUGAGGAAAUCCACAAAGAAAAAUUGCCUUUCAAGUCUUGCAUAAUAAUUUCAAUCAUCACCACUGUUGUGUAACAUUUUCCAGCCACUCCUCAAAUAUAAAUAGUGCAAACAUCAGAGGAGUGGACUGAAGGAGAGUAAAUGGCUUGCCUGGGGAAAGUACCGCUAUUCUGUUAUCUGUGAAUAAUGUUUCACCCUAGCUGUAAACAGGCAGCACUUCCCCAAUGGAAGAAUCAGCUUUCCCUUCCAAGCUCUAGAA